AUGGAUUUCCAUGACUUGUCGCACCGGGAUUUGGUAUUAAAUCGUCCAUAUGUCCCUCUUAACACCUUAGAAACUAACUUCCCCACUCCGCUCUACAGUGAUCAAUACCUUUCUCUGAGAGGGCCCCGGAACGCCCCUGUUAUAAAAGAGGCCGUCCGCUGGAAAUUCACCCCUAUGGGGUGGGAUGCCAUCCCUCAAACCUGGUAUACCGGUCUGACAAACAGCCGCAACCGCGAUGCCUGGUACGCCAUCACUGAGCCCCUGGGCCGAGAGACCCACCACCGCUGGCAGAGGUCCGGUGCCAAACAGGAGAAGGCUCUGCCACCUGGUUAUGCCCAGCAUUUGCGAGACAGCAGCUGCUACGAUCCAAUCAUCCCUCCUCAGUAUUCGGAUCCUAACACACGAUGGGGUGCUUUUCUAUGGAAGGAUAAUAGUAUUCCUGGCAAAGAAUAUGUCGUCAACCGCAAUCGUUCUGCUGAGGAGCUGAAGGGAAAACCAGGGUACGUACCCCACCUUUCUCUCCACACCCCGGUCUUCACAGCAAAGGACUACCGCACCUGGAGGAUGUUCGGCCACCAGCCUUCGACCAACAACCAGUAA